AUUUAUAAUUAAGCUACAAAAUCAUAGAUCCACAAAUGGGCAACACACCCACAAGUCAUCAAACUUCAAUUGAGUUUCAAAGAGAUCAGUGGUAGCUAGUGUGGUGCAAUUGUGUUGAUCAAGGAUGGAACAAAAGAAGUUUGUGGCACUAUUAAUGGUGGUUGUGGUAAUGGCUUCUUCUAUGUGGAAAGGGUCCAAAGGUCUUAGUCUCUGUAACAUGGAUGAAGGUGGAUUGGAGGCUUGCAAGCCCUCAGUGACUCAGCCAAACCCAGUUGAUCCAUCCCCUGAUUGCUGCAAGGCUUUGGCUGGUGCUGACUUGAAAUGCCUUUGCUCUUACAAGAACUCAUCAGAGUUGCCUUUUCUUGGAAUUGAUCGAACUCUUGCUACUUCACUUCCUGCAAAGUGCAAUCUCACUCCCCCAGAUAAUUGCUCAUAAUUAAGCUUCUCUGAACUAUUAUUUGUGCUCUCUUUGUGUGUUGUAAUCUUUUUUCUGCAGAUAGAUGACCUAUUGAGAAAAAAGGAAAUAAUCGUACUCUAAUUUCUAUAUCUCUUUUUUUUGUGUGCUAAUAUGUUUUCUUCUUCUUGGUUGUAUACAUUAUUAUAAGUCUAUGUAUUUAAACGUUUGAGACUGAUGGACUGUUUGAAUUUGUUAGUAUGAGUAGUACUUUUGGUCAAAAA